ACAUCGUCUCUUCAUUGUAUUACUGCUAAAGUAUCACUCUUAUAUUAUUAGACAACUUGUAACACAGCGUUAGGGGAUUCAUAGUUAAUGAACCAUCAAUGCCUCGUCUUCUCUAGUAGAGUGAGUGGUCAACACGGAUGCACCUCAACGAUCUCCGGUGAAUCCAAUAAUGCUCCCAUCCUCUUAAUGUUGGAUCUCUCGAUGUUUAACGUCCGAUAGGUUAGCUGGAAUCUCACACAAAAGUAACGCGUCGGUGCAGAGUUCAGCCAUAGUCUCACGUCGGACAUGUCUAAUCCUAAUUAAUUGAUUCGGGCCAUAUGUCCGGUGGCUGGGGCUCUCAUCGCCUCUUCUUUGUUUUCCGUCGUGCACUUACCACCCCACCAAACCAGAAAUCCAUGGCGGCAGCAGCCUUCGGCGGAUUCCACGUUGCGGCCCAGUGAAGAGUCGAUCACGGAGGUCAAAAGCCGACGCCAUUCCCCUUGCAGUCAUCUUUGUCUGGUAAAGGAGAAGAGACCGAAGGACGUGGCCGUCGAUGGAGGACUUAGUUUACUGGAAUCUGGUCGUGUGACAGUAGGAGGACACUGAGGACUUCUCUUUGCAGAUAACUCGGCCACUCUCUGCAUGUGAUCUGCACUCCGAAAGGGACACAGAUUCUGAUCUCUCGUGUUUUCUUUCUUUUGCAGAAAGCCAUCUCGUCUCCUUCCUUUUAUUAGUAGCUCGCCGGGUAAGACGGAUUCUUCUUCAUCACCCACCCAACCCACAGGUUUCCUCUUCUGUUGUCCCAUGACGAGAUGACGACCGAGGGAUCCUGCUUCAGCAGCUUCCUCUCCCUCUUUGUUCUCCUCCUCCUCCACCUCGGCUGCUUCUUCUUCUCCUGCAGUAGCUCCGACGACCCACCUCCGCCGAUUAAGAGGAGAAAGAUCUCACCUUUCUUCCCUACCCUUCCGGUGCCCUCCGACCCCCGCACGAAGAAGCCCCUCUCCAUCCGAUCAUAUCUCAGCCGCCUCCUCUCCUUCCGCAAACCCAACAGCGAGAACCAAGAGCAACACCGGCGCUCUCCCAUAGAACUGAUCUCCCUAUCACCCGAUGGUAGAGCUGACGGGCAAGCACGACUCUACGUGGCCGAUCACCACUCGCUCUCCUACAAAGACGAAAUCUACCCUUGUCCGGCGUGCGGCGAGGUCCUGAGCAAACCCCAGCUCCUCGACCUCCACCACGCCGCGAAGCACUCCUUUUCCGAGCUCCGCGACGCUGACUCCGGCUACAACAUCGUCCGGAUCAUCUUCCGGUCGGGGUGGAUCGGGGAGUCGUCGCUGGUCGUCCGCCGGAUCCUCAAGAUCCACAACACGACCCGGACCCUCGCGCGGUACGAGGAGUACCGCGACGCGGUUCGGUCGAGAGCGGCGCGGUACGAGGCGAGCAACGGCGGCCGCGGCGACGGGCGCUGCAUCGCGGACGGUAACGAGCGGCUGAGAUUCUACUGCACCACGAUCCUCUGCUCGCGGGAGGCGGAACGGAGAGGGGGCGCGGCGCCGGCGGGCGCGUGCGGGAGCCCCUACUGCUGCGCCUGCGCGAUCGUGCGGCACGGCUUCACGGGGAAGCACGCGGACCUGGACGGGAUCGCGACGUACUCCACCAGCUGGGGCGCGCACGCCUCGCUGCCGGAGGACCUGGAGCGCGAGUUCGCCUUCCUGGGAGCGCGCAGGGCGAUGCUGGUGUGCCGCGUGGUGGCCGGGAGGGUGGCGCACGGACACGGCGAGGCAGCGGAGGAGGAGGAGAAGGGGGCAGGGUUCGACUCGGUGGUGCCCAACGGCGGCGGCGGCGGCGGCGCUGUCGGCGAGGACGAGCUGUUGGUGUACAGCCCGAGGGCGGUACUGCCGUGCUUCGUCGUCAUAUACACCGCGUGAGUGAGGACGUCUCGAUUGUUCGAUGGGCUCGUACGUUCCGUCUCCGCUACUGCUAAUGCUGUCUCCUCUUUCCCUUCGUGUGUGUGAAUAAUGACUGCUUGCUACUGUACGCAUACAAUACAAAAUUAGCAUCAGCAUCA